AUGACGACUGCAAUGUUCAAGACCGGGAUGAACAGGUCCCUCCUCAACAAGGACUUUUUCCAGGCCAUCCUUGACCGUGCCUAUGGGCCUAACAGAGCCCUGACCAAAAGCUGGAGCGAGGAAGAGUUAGACUCUUCAGCCAGUAUCCUCAGCAAUAUCAGCUCCGGCGAUGACGAUGAGGAUGAAGAUGACGAGAACUUCUCCAGCGAGGAGGAUGAGCACCAUGGUGGUUCCCUCUCAGCUGCCAGUCCAAGCGGUAACGGUAACAGCAGUCACAGCGAGGAACCGUGCCCAAUGGACGAUAUGACUGGUCAUUUUCUCUACCGGAUUGAAUUCGAGUCUCGCACACAUCCAUCCAUCCUCUCCUCGCCCUCCUCUUCUCCGCCUCAUGGUUCUUUCUCCAUCUCGGCCACCAGUCGUGUCGAAAACUACCACCACACAUCAACAUCCAACAACAACAAUGACGGCCAGCUAUACGUCGUCAUCAAGUCCAAGCCCAUCGACACUGCCCUGAUCGAACUCACGAACAUCAUGGCCCAACUUCAAGGCGGCGACUUCGCAGAGGAGUACGACAUGGUCAAGGACCAAACAGGAUUCCGCAACAGCCACAUCCGUGAAAUCGAGCUCGCAGAACUAUCAUGGCAGGUCGGCGGCGCUAUGGAAAGCAUCUCAACCAAAGUCUACAACGUCCUCCGCAACGACUCUCAACAACUCUACGCCCUCUGCCUCGAAUACCUCGACCCUUCCCAGGGCAACAUCACACACAUGAACAGCACUGAUACUGCCCUUACGAGUUGGUCCUCGAACGACAUUCAUUUGGUCUUGCGUGAACUGGCGUCGUUUCAUGCUCAGUUCUUGGGGCAGGAGGAUCGUGUCUUGGGCAUGACGUUCCUUGAGACCCCCACACGAUCGCUCAUGAAGCUGCUGCGACCUGCAUACGAAGCCAUGGUUAAGACUAACCGAAAGAACGAACCCGCACUGUUCUCUCAGUUCCUCACCGACAGUAUGCUCGACUUUCUCGAGCACUCGGAUGAAUACUGGGCGAAGAUCGAGAAGAGUCCUAGGACCCUGAUUCAUGGUGACUUCAACACGCGUAACAUCUGCCUGCGCCUGAACCCAAACACCGGCGCCCAAAAGCUAUGCGCCUACGACUGGGAACUGGCAUGCUGCCACCUCCCACAACGAGACGUCGUCGAAUUCCUCUCCUUUGUUCUCCCACCCGGCUCCAACGAAUGGGCUCACUACAUUGAGUACCACCGCCUCGCCCUCAAAGCCGCCUACAAGUCCCAAUCCCAAGCAUCCUCCUCUGUAUCACCAGCAAUUGUCUUCCCCUCGCCACGCGAGUACAUGGAGGUGGCCAAGAUUGCACUAUUGGACUUUGCUGCUCUCCGGGUAGCCAUGUAUGGUGUCUCGAACUCGUUCAAGAUGGUAGAUUGGCUGCCCCGUAUCUUGAACACCGUCGAGGAGCAAUUAAAGCGCAUGGGGCCUAUGCGUGCACCGAGCGACAAGAUCAUUCAUGAAUCAAAGUUGUAA